AUGGCUAGAGGUCCAAAGAAACAUCUUAAAAGAUUAGCAGCUCCAUCCCACUGGAUGUUGGACAAGUUAAGUGGUACUUAUGCUCCACGUCCUUCAGCUGGUCCACACAAAUUAAGAGAAUCAUUACCAUUAAUUGUCUUUUUAAGAAACCGUCUUAAAUAUGCUUUGAACGGUCGUGAAGUUAAAGCUAUCUUAAUGCAACGUCAUGUUAAAGUUGAUGGUAAAGUUAGAACUGAUGCUACUUUCCCAGCCGGUUUCAUGGAUGUUAUUACAUUAGAAGCUACAAAUGAAAACUUCAGAUUAGUCUACGAUGUUAAAGGUAGAUUUGCUGUUCACAGAAUCUCUGAUGAAGAAGCUUCAUACAAAUUAGGUAAAGUUAAACAAGUUGCUUUAGGUAAAAGAGGUGUUCCAUACGUUGUUACUCAUGAUGGUAGAACUAUUCGUUAUCCAGAUCCAGCUAUCAAAAUCAACGAUACUGUUAAAAUUGACUUAGAAUCAGGUAAGAUUUCAGAUUUCAUCAAAUUUGACACUGGUAAAUUGGUCUAUGUUACUGGUGGUCGUAACUUGGGUCGUGUUGGUGUUAUUACUCACCGUGAACGUCAUGAAGGUGGUUUUGAUUUAGUUCAUAUUAAAGAUUCUUUAGAAAACACUUUCGUCACCAGAUUACAAAACGUUUUCGUUAUUGGUGAACCAGGUAAACCAUACAUUUCAUUACCAAAAGGUAAAGGUAUCAAAUUAUCAAUUUCUGAAGAACGUGACAGAAGAAGAGCUCAAUCAGGUUUAUAA